UUUUUGGGUGAACUAUCACUUUAAGGUUUGACAAUAAAUGUGUCAUGUUGAAAUAUUGUUAAUAUUGUAACUCUCGUAUAUUUUAAUGCAUAAGACUGUAAAAAUGUCAGUGUCAGUACUGUUAAAAAAUAAUCUGCGGUGUGAAAAUGAAUUGAAUUUAUUCAUAAACAUUUAGAGCAGCUAUAAUAUCUUUUAUUUUGCAUAAUGGUAAAUUGAUUAGCUAUCAUCAGACAGAAGGUGAAAGGUCACUCAUGUUCAGUAGGUCGUGUAAAAUAUAAUGGCAGGUAGUACCUAGUUAAAGGGAUACUUCACCCAAAAAUGAUGUUGCCCCAAGGACAUCAAGCACUUGGCAAAAUCAGGAGAGCCUAGGAAAAAAUACAUUGGUAGUCAAAGGUACUCCAGAACUGUUUGCUGUCCUACAUUCUUCAAAAUGUCUUUUUUUGUGUUCAACAGAACAAAAAAAUUAUAAAGUAAUUUUUCAUUCUAUGGGAGUCAAUGGGGGGGAUCUGUUUGGUUAUAAGCAUUCCUCCAAAUAUCUUUCUCUGUGUUCAUCAGAACAAAUAAAAUUGUACAGAUUUGGAACAACUCGAAGGUGAGUAAAUGACAGAAUUUUCAUUUUUGGGUGAAGUGUCCCUUUAAGAUGAGCUUAUAAAAUAUGCAAGACGGCUUCUCUGAGCAAGACAGCACUGGUGCACAUGGAAAUAAAACAAAUAGCUUUUACGUUUAAAAGUUUAUUACACCGCUAAGCAAUGCUGCCCCAUCCAUUAUCUGCUCAUAUUUUACUUAAUCUUUAUUCCAUUUACUUUGUUGUCAUGAUUAAUGGUUUUAUGAAGAGCAUUAUAAUUAAUUGUUAUUGUCCCCGUUGACCGUAUCAAAGCUAAGAACACAAAAUUGGCCACCACACCAACUGACCCUGUCACAAAUACACAACUCAACAUCGCCUCUGGUGGCGACAAAGUUGUAUCCUCACGAUAAAGUAUAUUAUCGACACAACAAAAGCCAAUCGCAACAAUGUUUCCAGGGGUUUUCUUUGAAUGGCAAGACCCUGAUCCAUUAAAAAACACCGUACGUUAAAUGAACCAAUGGCAAGUGUCGGUGGUUGUAAGUGGGCGGGUUCAAAUCUUAUCAGUAGGAGAGGGCCAUGUACUAGUUGCAAAGCGGAAAGAAAAUGGCGGCCGUGGCUGCGGAGCCAGGAGCUGCUGCUGCGGCAUCAACAACAGCGGGGGACGGGGUGGAGUACGACCCCGAGCCAGGAGAGCAUGUGGACGACCUACAGGUCCGUUCAGCGCCCGACUUCGUCCCAGAAACGGAGCUGUGUUACCAACCGGAGGAUGUGGAUGCAGUUCAGGAAUGCAGCCAUGUCCAAAUGGAAAUCAGAAGGCCGGACCUUCAAGCCGCGGGAAAAGCCCUCGCUGUCCAUGCGGACGGUGAGCAAACCGACACGGCGGAUUCCUGGGGGCGCUUGGACGCAAACGAGCAGCCCGUGCUUAUGGACUACAGGUACACGGGCGUUUCUGAGUACGGGGAACGUUUAAAGGAUUCGUACUCGCCAAAGGUGGAGGCUGCGAGCGAGGUCUAUCCUCUCGAAUCCAGCCCCUGCCUUCUCCCGAACCCCAUCCCCGACUCCCAGCCCUCCGUGGUCUUCUUGCAUUCUCUCCCCGCUCAUCCUUCGGAACCCGAAACCGGACUGUCUCUCGCCAAGCCAGCCGAACCGACUGUCGAUUAUGACUCCAAUCCCGUAUCAACCCAUCAUACUGAUCUCGAGUGUGAACUGAUAGGCUUCACGCAACCGGAGCCAGAACCCGCUAAUGACGCUCCCGGGUCAGAACACAAAAGUCACGAGGAUGCAUUUCAUGAAAUCCCGAACCCAUCGGAUCAUCUGGACUCGCUGUCAAACGCAGAGGAAACGUCACUGGAGGAGUCAGUGGGACAGAGCUGCAUUAGUGAUUUUUCUACUGUUUCUAGCAAAGACUCUCCCGAAUUAACAGCGGUCGUGGAUCAGUCGCUCAUCUCAUCCUCGGAAUCGGAGGAGGUGCGCUCGCAUCCUCUUCACGAACAGAGUUUUGAAACGGACCUCAGUGAACCUGAUGGGGUGUCAGAGUCGAAGCCCCCGGUUCUGUGUGCGGAGCCUGACACGGUUGGCAGUCUCGUGCUCGGGUCAGAGGUUCGUGUCACACUGGAUCACAUCAUCGAUGAUGCGCUCGUGGUGUCGUUCCGUUUAGGCGAGAAGAUCUUCUCCGGAGUUCUCAUGGACCUUUCGAAAAGGUUUGGACCUUACGGAAUUCCUAUUACGGUGUUCCCCAAGAGAGAGUACAAGGACAAACCAGAAUCUAUGCAGCUAAAGAAGGAAGCAUUCCAGUCAGAGACAGAUAAAGGUGUCACUCAAGGACCUACUGAUUCCCCAGUUAAGGAUCCAACGGAUACUCCUGAUGCCCCCCUUAAGGACGCUGCCGAAGCUCCUGCUGUGCCCCAGCCCAGUCCCAACCCUCAGCCCAACCCAUGGACCUCAAAACCACCUCCCUUGUUUCAGGAGGGGGCCCCUUAUCCACCUCCGUUGUUCAUCAGGGACACCUACAACCAGUCAUUACCUCAGCCUCUACCCCGCAAAAUCAAGCGGCCCAAGCGUAGGCUGUAUAGAGAGGAGCCCACUUCUAUAAUGAAUGCCAUCAAGCUCCGGCCGAGACAAGUUCUGUGCGAUAAAUGCAAAGGGACUGUGGUGCAAGGGGACAAGCGUGAGACCCGCAGAGGCCCUAUCUCAGACUGCCGUAGUGACGAUGCCAAAAGACGGCGAAAUGACAACACAACGGCUGUUACCGGUAAGCGGCCACGCAAUGAGCCUCGUUCCGAGGACAAGGGCCGUGGUACUGAUGGGCCCAAGCGGCAAGCUUCAGCCAUACGGGUGUCGUCGUCCACCUCCUCUCUGGGCCAUAGUCAGGUCAAAGGUGCAGCUGCUGGUAACAAAGUUGUGAAGGGCGUGUCCAGUACGACGCAAUCCUCGGCCAAUGCCCGCAUGCAGCUCAAUGCCAAAAAAGUGCUUCAGAGCAAAAACGUUGACCACUCCAAAGCACGAGAGGUGCUCAAGAUGGCCAAGGCUCAGAGAGGACAGAGAGAGACACUCACAGGUAGCGGUGGGAAUUCCAAGGCCAUAACCCGGGCCGCUGCUCUCCAGGAAGCCCACCAGAAGGUCCACUUCACCCGAAGACUGCAGCAGAUCAGUGGAGGAGGUUCCAACCCCUUGCCACCCAGGAUGCGUAUCAAGCCCCAAAGGUACCGUAAUGAAGAAAACGAUUCUUCCUCAUGUAAGCCGCCUUGCUUGGAGAAAGUGCUGGGAGGGGGCCAUAUAGUGCUGCCCAAACCAGCAGCGCCCCGCUGCACCUCCACACGCUCCUCCUCCUCCUCCUGCUCUGCAAGCCAAGCACCCAAUGCAGUAGAGUCCCAGAGGUCAGACAUAGCGCUCGAGUCCCUACUGAGCACUGCCCAACCCGAUCCCCAAACGCUCCCAGCCCCGGAAUACAGGGAAACCCACACGGAGCCGGAGGAACAGGAGGGGCGGGAGGAAAAGCGGGAGAUGCACGGGAGCAAGGCUGGCAACCUAGUGGUUUACAUGACCCUUAACCCCAGCCAGCCUGACUCCUCUAGUACCUCCAUGUGCAGCGUCGAUAGUGCAGAUGAUAUAAAGUCGUCAAACUCUGAGUGUAGCUCUAACGAAACAUUCGACCUUCCUCCUCCCGGCGACUUGCGGUCGGCCCCCGCCCCUGGCACAUCCUCCGCUUUUGUCUCUGCCUCUCCCUCUGCUCCCAAGGACGACAAAAAAAGCAGUAAAUCCCACAAAGCUGCUGUCUUUUCCAAAAACGUCUCAAAGUGCGUUGCCCUGGAUGGCAGGACAAUUUGCGUAGGGGACAUCGUUUGGGCCAAAAUCCUUGGCUUCCCUUGGUGGCCUGCCCGCAUCCUAGCCAUCACAGUCAGUCGCAAAGAUAAUGGGCUCUUAGUCAGGCAGGAGGCCAGAGUGUCUUGGUUCGGGUCGCCUACCACUUCCUUCCUGGCAAUUACCCAACUUGCCCCAUUUCUAGAAAACUUCCAGUCUCGCUUUGACAAGAAGAGAAAGGGCCUGUAUCGUAAAGCCAUCACUGAGGCUGCCAAGGCUGCCAAGCAGCUCACCCCAGAGGUUCGCGCCUUGCUAACUCAGUUUGAGACGUGAGGCUAUGUGUCUUGGUAAGGUAGCAAAAACAGGCACCCAAGUGGGCCCCGUAAACCUUCCAAAACCUCUCAAACUUUGCCGUACCAGCUACCAGAGUGAAGCCUGGCAAACAUCAGCCAGAACAAAUUUAUUUUUAUUGAAAAGGCAAGUGAAGGGGAUUGAAUCGAUUAACUGAAAUGAAACGGUUAUCAUGUAGAGUAUCCGAUGUUCGUCCGUAUGUAAUCAGUCUUUUGAGUUUGUCAUAUCUUACAAUUAUUAUACUCAAAACAGAUGACGGAGAGUUCUAGGAAAAUAUUUUAUGGGUUGCCCACAAUAUUAAGGCUAGCUAAAUAGUAUCUAAAUCUAAAAGCUCUUGCGAGAGAAUCUUUUGGAUCUUGAUCUGUGCACAAAUAGCAAAGUUGCACCCUGAGUGGGAUUUUUAUUGAGCUGAAUAGCUUUCUCUUGAAGAAUUAGACGUUUGUGAAAAUGUCUACCUGUAUCAAUUUUUAAUUAUUACCAACUAACCGAUGCUACUUUGAGACGCGAGAAUCUUUUGUCUGAAUCCCUAACCUAGCACAAUGAAUGCUUCAGAGAAAGUGCUAUACACCCUCAAGUGUCGGAUCGUCCCUUCUGCAUUUCCUGUCAUUUGAAUGUGUUUCUAGAAGACUGGUUCGAUCUCCCUAAAAUUACUACAGUCCUGAAAUUCAUUACAACACUAUUUCAGUUUUCAUUUCCUUGUAAUGGAAGUUAGUGCAAUCGUGAAAGCCGGCCCUGUUGGAUACAGAGAUUCUCGCUCCGGUAGAAAAAGAGACUUAAUCGGUGCUGAUCUUUCUUAGACGUUCUGAGACGACUAAUCUAAGUCCAGUGAUCCGUGCAGAUGGCUGUUGAUCUGGGUAUGGCUUUUGGCCAGCCGUGGAUUUGCAGGCAGUUGGGCUGCUGUUAUGGGGGGAGGUGCCUGUAAGCCAAAGUCACCUCAAGUGCCACUGUGGGGAGAGCACAGCGACUCCGUAAAUACCAGCUCGGAGCUGGAGAAACACGCCAGCCUAUCUGUGCGCCCGCCUCCCUUGGCCCUCGCAGCUACAACAUCUGCUCCCUGAGCUCAUUUCUCCCUAAUCUACUUGCCCAGCUUCUUUUUCUUUCCUCCACUUGUUUUGCUCCCUCCUGCUGUCGUCAUAUGUUUGUCUUAGAUUGUUUUUUUACAUCCAUGUCUGAUUUUUGUGCGAAAUGUUCCCAUCGUUCAGCCAACCCACCAGCCACUUUUUGCAUGGAUUUGGGCGUGCGUAUUUUUUUUAUGGAACCAUAAUGUUUAUUCAGUUUAGACAUAUCGCAUCAAGAAGCAAACUGUACGUUUUCAAGCGAAUCAUGUAGCUGCAAUGGAAUACCAAAACCUGUUCCAUUAAAUAACUAAAAGUAAACACUUGACGGCUGUGGUGCCCUGCUGAAAAAGUGUGGCAUUGGCGCAAAGGGCAGGAGUUCUCAUGUGUGAAUAUGUUCGUCAUAAUUAUGGGCUGCUUUAGUUGUUCAGUGAUCCAGUAUUCAUUGUCAUUCGCUGAAAUGUUUCGCUAAGGAUUAUUGUGUUUUCAAUUUAUUAUUGUGCCUGAACUUUAUUCCCUGUCAUUUGAAUACUAUGGCUAUGACUAAGGUUUUCAGUACACAUUUCUAUGUAAAGUGUUGAAAAUGUUUUUCGACUGGUCGUUUGGAAGGAGAGUAGACUCAAUGCUGAGAACAAACAGUUUGAUUUGUGUGGAUGAGCAUUAUCUCUUUUUUCCAUGUCUGUAAUCAUGGUUAUGUCUUUGCAUCCAUUAGCGUCUUCACCUGUCCAGUUAUAUUUAGACAUCUGAGAAGGGACGUACUGUAAGAUAGACUGGUCUUUCCAUGCAUGACAUAGCAGGUAGAGAUCGAUGACGUAAGGAAAGAAACAAAAUGAUGCUUGGUAGGCCACACUGACUGACUGACAGAUGUUUGUCUGAAGAGUAUUUAUUUGGUGGUUGGCUGUGUUUCAUUUCAGCAUCUUAUUUUUUACUUAUUAUUUCUAUCUGUUUGCAGGUCAGAGAAUGCUGUAAAACCAUUGAAAAAAAGUAACAGUUGAAGAUAUUGUGUACAUGUUUUCUGAUGUUUUAAGAGUAUAUAAAUAAACUGUGAACUUCAAGAAUUUGAUCUAGUUGUCGUUAUUUUCGUAUUUUAUCUUCAGCUUGUUUUCAUCACUCCAAAGUUCUCAAAUGCAAUGGGUGCAGCCCACCAUUGAAUUGCAUUUAUAUAAGGUGUAGUCUAAUGCACAACCUUGGGAAAAGCUUUAAAUCCCACGGUCAAAAAAUAUGUAUCUUUCCAAAUAAAAUUACACAGAUUUUUUUUCAUUUUACAAUUAGCAAAGUGCGUAAAAAAGACAUAUUUUCAUACCUGCAAACAGAUGAGAAAUUAUUAGGGAAUCGUAAAUCCAAAAUGUGCCAAAACAAUUUGACUACACAUGGUAAAAUACAAGGCUGCACAGGGUUGUCAUAACUGUUCACAAAGGUUUUAGUUUCUGACAUAGUCAGACAUACACGCAUAACAUUAUACUAGGACUGCACAAUAUAUUAAAAUUCACAAAUGUGCAUAACAUUUUUGUUCUUCCAAGUUAUGUAUAGCCAAGUUUUAGGUUGAUGCAGACAAUGGCACACAAUGUGCCUGUGUUUGCACGAGUGCAGGUGCAUGCUCUGACGUGCAAAAUAUAAUCAACAAUCAGAAGGAAUGUGAAACAUGAUUGUUGGUUAUAUCAUUUUCAGAUUUUAAAUAUUUUAAAACAUACUGUACAUUGUGUAAACCAUAACAUCACAUUAAACUUAAAUCAGUUUAUUAGUUCCAUAGCUUAUUUGGUUACACUUUUCAAAUUAAAACAAAUGCGCAUUCAAGAAAAAGGAAACAAUUCCUGAACAGGUUCAUUAGGUCUUCAUGGUACUACACAUCUUUAAUUGGUGGUAAUAUGCUGAUUUCUCAUCAUUUCCUACUAAACUUGAGACGUGAGCUUAAAGCUACUAGUGGGAAAUCGGUGGUUAAUAUGCCAAACUAUAUUUGAACUGCAUUGCCUUAUUAACUCUUAUUUUUCUUGACAUUUUAUAGCAAUUUCUAUAAAUGUUUAUAAAAAUACAAAUUCUGCUUGAGGUAAAAUAUUCUUGUAUCUUUUC